CGUCAAUGUCAAAUCAAAUCAAAAUGUCAGCUUUGAUUAUCUGAAUCAGACGAUCUGCCGUUUUAUUAAUUAUCAAAUAAACAUGAAUACCUAGUUCUAGAAUCGUAAGCAUUAACAAAAUAGAGAUAAAUGAACUGUAGUAGCCUAAUAUUCAUAUUCGCCUAAUCGAUUAAACACUUAUAAUGUUUGCAGUGUAGUGUUUAGCAUAACAAACCAUUUGAAAGAGUAACAUUGUGUCGCAAGGAAAUUUCGAUAAUAAUAAAACUGCCCCGAUGCCUGUAAGCUUUAAAAACCGAAAGACAACAUGUAUGACAUGUUGUCCGAGUUUCGAGUAUCGGAAUUUGAUUCUUUCGUGGAUAUACUGAAAUUGACUCCUGGUGACCCUUUAAAUACGUUUGGUGAGAUGUGGUACCCCGUGUUCUUGUGGUCGUUGUUCUCUUCGGUGUUUGUGCAUACGUGUGCGGCGCUCGUCGCCUUCGGAACUUUAAGGAAGCACAAGUACGGAAAGUUCUUCCCUGUGUUGUUGAUUGUGAUGGGUGUAGUGAGUCCUGUGACUUCAGGCGUCGCCACUAGUGCCGCAGUCGCGUUCAUAUACCGCGCCGCGAACCUUACCAUGCCCCCUAUACAUGCAAUGAUUUGGGGCAUCGGACAGACUGUACUUGGAGCAGGGAUGGGUUUCACAAGGAUUCUGGCUACUUUGUAAUAAACAAGUUAUAUUUAGCUAAUUACAUCACAGUAUAUGAACAAUAUGAUUGCAAAUGAAAUAAAUUCUGAGUCAAUUAAAAUAGAGUAAUAGUAAUGGGAAUGUAGUGAAAGGAAAGGUGCUGUAUUUUGAUGCA